CCGCAAAAUGAGUACAUCGAGCUGCACCGCAAGCGCUAUGGGUACCGGCUCCACGAGAAGCGGAGGAAGAAGGAGGGCCGCGAGGCUCACGAGAGGUCGCGCAAGGCCAAGAAGAUGAUCGGGCUGAAGGCCAAGCUCUACCAUAAGCAGCGGCAUGCGGAGAAGAUACAGAUGAAGAAGACCAUUAAAAUGCAUGAGAAGAGAAAUACAAAGCAGAAGAGUGAUGAGAAGACACCCAAAGGAGCUGUCCCAGCAUACCUGCUGGACAGAGAGGGCCAGUCCCGGGCUAAGGUUCUCUCCAACAUGAUCAAACAGAAAAGGAAAGAAAAAGCUGGGAAAUGGGAGGUUCCUGUGCCAAAGGUCCGUGCACAAGGAGAAACAGAAGUUUUAAAAGUGAUUCGCACGGGGAAGAGGAAGAAGAAGGCCUGGAAGAGAAUGGUAACCAAAGUCUGUUUCGUUGGAGAUGGAUUUACUAGGAAGCCUCCAAAGUAUGAGCGAUUCAUUCGACCAAUGGGCUUACGUUUCAAGAAGGCACAUGUGACACAUCCUGAACUUAAAGCUACUUUCUGCCUACCUAUCCUUGGUGUGAAAAAGAAUCCAUCUUCUCCUUUGUAUACCACUCUGGGUGUAAUCACCAAGGGUACCGUCAUUGAGGUGAACGUGAGUGAGCUUGGCCUUGUGACACAAGGGGGAAAAGUUAUCUGGGGGAAAUAUGCACAAGUAACGAACAACCCGGAAAAUGAUGGCUGUAUUAAUGCAGUUCUACUUGUUUGAUACCAAGCAUUGGAUGUGGGUUCCUACAAAGUAAGUGGAGUCUCAACAAGUUUGCAAGAUCUUUGAAACCUUCAGCCAUUCAAGAGCAUCAACCCCACAAGCUGCUGAAGCCAGAAACAACAGCUCAUGUUUUUCUAUUUGUUUACUCAGCUGGACACUGUCCAAAUAAAGAAAUUUAAUUUUCAUGUU